AUGUUUUUGUUUUCUUAUCAUAUUUGCGAUAUUUUAGUUGAAAUAAUUGUUCUACACGACUACGAACAGUCAAAAAAACCUUCUAAUAAAAAUCUAAGUGAAACAGAUUUCGAAAAGAAAGUAAAUAGUAUAAAAGUAAAGAUUAAGGAUGCUGUUGUUCAGACUUCACCGAAACAGAGUAGAAAGCGUGACUAUGUUUUGCAUUUCAGUAGUCCUGUGGUGUAUCCACCUGCACUGCCACAGGUCGGCAUGAACAAGGAUCUGUUCAAUCAGCCAACCACCGAGUACUCGAGUGCACCGUUCUCUUUCUAUCACGAGGAGAUCGAGGAGACCUACCCGGUGCCGAAUGCCGUCGUGCCAGAGACGGAGCUGCCGAUCAUCCAAGAACCACAGGAGGGUAUGCAUCCCUAUGGAUUCGACCAGAUUGAUCUAAACACUCGUCGCGCACAACCCGCAGUACAAGACAUCAAGCCAAGAUUCCUCGUUGGCAAGGGCAACCCAAUGAGAACAUUCAACCAGACACCGCCACAAGAGAAAGUUCUAACCUACCAGGAUCUAAACUCAUCGGCUUUCAACCUCUCACUCCUAACCUAUAUAUGUAUUGUCGAUUAUCCUUUAAACAAUAAAACAAAGAAACAACUAUGGAAAAGAUUGACUUUAUGUCCACUAGUUGAAACACUCAUUUUAAAGAAUGUUGGAAUUGGUGGAAUUGGUAAAAAUGCUAGAUUCCCAAAUUUAAGAUUUUGUGAUUUAUCACAAAAUAGAAUUAAAACAUUUAGAUCAAUUAGAAAGAUUACAAAGUAUUCAUUGAAUUUGGAGUUGACACCAUCGAUGAGGUUCGUCAAUUUGAAUGACAACAUUCGUAUGGAUGCCUAUCGUCAGCGACUCAUUUACAUCACCCGCAACCUCAAAGGAACCAACCGUAUGAUUGGUCUGGUGCAGAUCGACGACACACCGAUCACCAAGGAGGAGCGUAUCAAGGCGAUCGAAGUGCACGAACCGACCAAUCCAAAUUCAGCGUCGAUCUUCCGUUGGAAGAUUCUGUUGAUCGAGCGAUUCGGUCACAAACAACUCCAAACCAUUCCCGACUAUUUGUCGUUGGUGAAAUCAGUGACAUUCCCUCGGUUGAAUCUCGCGCUUUGCGAUGUCUCCAUGUUUUUAAAUGCACAGGUUGUCGACUUUUCCGGUAACCAGCUGACUUCAUUCACAGGUCUACAACACCUCAAACAUCUUAGAAUUCUCUAUCUCAACGACAAUCCAGAUCUAGACACCAAUGCAGUCCUACAGCAAUUGGCCAACACCGAAACACUAGAGUCAUUCUCCUUCCACGUUUCAAACAAGAACACACAUCCAAGAUUAUCUGGAUCACGUGAAUAUCGUGCAUCCAUACUCAAACAACUUAUUCCAAAGAAUAGAAAUCUAUUAUUAAUCGACAGUACAACAAUCAACUUUAAUGAAAGAGUUGAUGCAUAUGCACAUGCUGGAUACCCAACUGAAAUACUCGAUAACCUAUCGAAUCUCGAGAUCUUUGCCAUUCGCGGCAAUCCAAACAUGAAGUCACCACAAGAUCGUCUACAACUGAUUGGUUUGAUGCACUCGAUGAAGCAAAUCGAUGCACCACUCAAAGUCAUUGAUACCGAAAUCACCAUAUACGAUAAAGUCGAAGGUUGGAAGUUGGUUGGAGGUGCACUCAAAGAUGCCGAACAAUUUAAGCUAGCCUAUAUCACAGGAAUUAAAUCAAUUAAUUUAUAUGAUCAUACUUUGGUCAAUUUAGAGUUAUGUGAUUGUGCAUUAGAGUAUUUAGAUGUAUCACCAUAUGUAAAUUUGAAAACAUUAUUGUUACCAAACAAUAGAUUUAAAUCCUUAGAUAAUUUACAUUCACUUGUAAAGUUAACUGAACUUUUUGCAUUGGAUAUUCGUCAUAAUGAAUUGGCAUCGGCUGAAGAUGUAAAAACACAUAUUCUACAAAUGCCAAAUCUUCAAGUUUUGGGUAUCUUUGGUAAUCCAUUCACAAAGAACUCUAACAACUAUCGCGUAAAGUUCCUAUGCUUACUACCACCAAUCUAUCAGACACACAAGUAUCCACUCUCUGUUUUGGAUGUCAGUGAGAUCACACCGGAGGAGAUCUACGAAUCAUCGAUCAACUCCACUAAAGCCGACUCUUCGAUCGAUAGAAAAGAGAAUCUCUUCAACAUUGCACUUCUAAGACGUGCCUCCAGUCUCGAGUACUCUACGCUCACAGAGAUUGACCUACGUGGUUGUGGUUUGUCGUCGCUCUUCUUCAACAAACUACCACAACUUGUCGUGCUGAAUCUCUCUGACAACUCUAUCACCGAUAGUAAUCUUAAGGAGAGCGCUAUCCACCAUCUCCAGUCACUGAAGGCACUCGAUCUUCGAAACAACAAAUUUAAAGAUCUUGCAAUGCUCUGUAAAAUUAUUGAUCUACUCAAUGUAGAGACUCUAUUCAUCGAAGAGAACUCUUGUUACGAUAAAGACACCGAGAAAGACAGAAUCAGAUUCUUUAAGAAACUAACAAACUCAAAGAUUCAAACCAAUCUCAAGUUCCUCAAUGGUGUUGAAGUCACUCCAAAGGAUUUAGCUAAAUUUGGUAAAACUAAAGCAAGAAAAUAA